AAAAGAUUCAAGGCAAGAAGCAUUAAUCACUUUUGCAUAAUCAGUUUAACUGUCAGUUACAAUUAAGAUUUUGUUUCUGUUUUAGUCUCCAAAAUGUUCAACUUUAUAUCAUUGACAUUGAUCAUUUGUUUAGCUGGUUUAGCGGUGGCUGAGCUUGAUGUUGACCAAGUUGAAUCAUCUUGGUCACAGUUCAAGCAAAAGCAUGGAAAAGUGUAUGCAUCGGAAGAAGAGGAAUCAACCAGAAAACUCAUUUUCACUCGCAAUUUGAACAAAAUAGUCAAACACAAUGAACGAGCCGAUUCUGGACUUGAAACUUAUCGCAAAGGUAUCAACCAAUUCACGGAUAUGGAAUUCACGGAAAUUAAGGAAAAAAUUUUACAGACGAGAUCAAGUUCACCCGUAAAUUCACCAUAUCUUCACAACAAGAAAGCAUUCCAGUUGGAUGAACUUCCAAAGUCAGUUGAUUGGCGAGCUAAAGGUUUGGUUACUCCAGUCAAAGAUCAAGGUGCUUGUGGUUCUUGCUGGGCUUUUGCCUCGGUUGCUGGUAUUGAAGGGGCUUGGGCCAAAGCUAAGGGUAAACUGGUUUCACUGAGUGAACAACAGAUUCUUGAUUGUGCCACUAAGGGCAACUAUGGAUGUCGUGGUGGGUUCAUUGACAAUGCUUUGGAUUAUGUUAUUGAAGAGGGUGGCAUUGAUACGGAAGCAUCUUAUCCUUAUGAGGCUCUCCAGGGUCAAUGUUGGUUUACCUUUACCGAUGUUGGUGCCAAGAUUAGCAAUUUUGUUGGAAUACCUCAGAAUGAUGAAGAUGCUCUAGUCUCGGCUGUUGCUCUUAACCCAGUCUCGAUUGGUAUUGAUGCUGAAGAUGAUUUUGUUGCCUACGAAUCGGGCAUUUUUACCACUUCAACCUGUACCACAACUGACAUUAACCAUGGAGUAACAGUUGUAGGUUAUGAUUCACAAAAUUCAACUGAUUAUUACAUCAUUAAAAACAGUUGGGGAACCAGUUGGGGCGAAAAUGGUUACAUAAGAAUGGCUCGGGGUAAAAAUUUGUGUGGAGUUGCCAACAUGGCUUAUUAUCCAAUUGUUUAAAUCUUUGAUUUCCAUUUCCAUCAAAUUGUUAUAAAUUAAAUUAAAUUUCAACUUUCACUAGCAUUAA